AUGAUAGGACAGAGAAAGAGACUAUCAAGUGGACUUACCGUUACCUCAAAGGUAUUCGUCCGCUCCAGAAAUGGAGGUGCAUUGAAGGUUGUCAGAGAGCACUACUUGAGAAAUGAUAUUCCCUGUUAUUCGAAGGCUUGUACCAAAUGUCAGCACAUACUAAAGGCCGAUGCCCAAGGUAACUUGCCAAACUUCAUAUUGAGUGAGUCCCCUGCCAAGACCAAGUCUGGGAAGAGACACUAUAUUGUGCUUGACACCAAUAUCAUAUUGCAUGCCAUCGAUUUGUUGGAGAAUAAUGAAUGUUUUUUCGAUGUCAUCAUCCCACAAACCGUUUUGGAUGAGGUGAAAAACAGAUCGUACCCCAUCUAUCAAAGAGUCAGAGGUUUGGUUAAGUCUGAAGACAAGAGGUUCGUGGUUUUCCAUAACGAAUACAAUGAAGAAACGUACGUCAAUCGUGAAAAGAACGAGUCGAUCAAUGAUCGUAAUGAUCGUGCAAUCAGAAAGCUUGUGACAUGGUACGACAACCAUUUGAAUAAUGAGAAUGCCGCCCAAAAGAUCAAUAUUGUCUUCAUUUGUAACGAUGCUGAUAACCGUAGAAAGGCUAUUAGUGAAAAAAUCGAUGCAAGAUCCCUCACUGAGUAUAUCGAAGACUUGAAGAAUGCCGAUGAUUUAAGAGACUUGAUUCCCAAUGAGACCACCAAUUUUGCUACUGGCGAAAACGAAACCAGCUUCCCUGAGUACUACAACGAUUCUAGAAUUAUGGCUGGUGUCAAGAAUGGUACAUUGUACCAAGGUAUAUUGAAUAUUUCUCCUUACAAUUUCUUGCAAGGUACAGUACAAACACCAGCAUUUAAAAAGCCAUUGUUAAUUAUCGGAACUAAGCACUUAAAUCGUGCUUUCAACAGUGAUUCUGUUAUAGUUGAGUUACUUCCAAAGGACAAAUGGAAGGAACCUUCCAGUACCAUUGUUGAAGAAAAUGCAAUUGGUGCAAAUGAUAAUGCCGGUGAUGAGGACGAUGACGAUAUUUCAGGCUCAAGUGGUGUAAUUUCCGACAAAGAAAGGGUGUUGUUAGCGCAAGAAGCAGUGAAGGCAACUUCCGUGGCUGCUGACGACGAAUCGAGAUUACAACCAACUGCUAAAGUUGUCGGAAUCAGCAGAAGAUCGUGGAGAUACUACGUUGGUCAAAUCGCUCCAACCUCGGUAUCCGCUGAGGAUAGUGGUAAUGCUUCGAAGAACUGUUUUGUCAUUUUGAUGGAUAAGGUGUUACCUAAGAUCAGAAUUAGGACGAGAAAGGCCAAAGAACUUUUAGGUCAAAGAAUUGUUGUGGUGGUAGACUCCUGGUCAUCUAAUUCUAGAUAUCCAAAUGGGCAUUAUGUUAGAUCUCUAGGAGAAAUUGAAAGUGCUGAAGCAGAAACUGAAGCUUUGCUUUUGGAGCACGAUGUCGAAUAUAGACCAUUUUCCAAGAAUGUUCUUGAUUGUUUACCUGAGGAGGGUGCCAACUGGACUGUUCCUGAUAUCGCUGGUACUUCAGAUCCUCAAUUGGCGAAGAGAAAAGACUUACGUGACAAACUUGUUUGUUCCAUCGACCCUCCAAACUGUGUGGAUAUUGAUGAUGCUUUGCACGCAAAGCCUUUACCUAAUGGUAAUUACGAGGUGGGUGUUCAUAUUGCAGAUGUUACCCAUUUUGUGAAAGCGGGAACCGCCUUGGAUCAAGAAGGUGCCGCUAGAGGUACCUCGGUGUACUUGGUUGAUAAGAGAAUUGACAUGUUGCCCAUGUUAUUAGGUACAAAUUUAUGUUCUCUCAAGCCAUAUGUUGACAGAUUUGCAUUCUCGGUUAUAUGGGAAUUGGAUGAAGAUGCUAACAUUGUUAACGUGAACUAUAUGAAGUCAAUUAUUAAGUCGAGAGAAGCUUUCUCAUACGAAAGAGCUCAGUUGAGAAUUGAUGAUCCAUCUCAACAGGAUGAUUUAACAAAAUCGAUGAGAAUCUUAUUGAAGCUUUCCAAAAAGUUGAAACAAAAGAGGUUGGAUGCCGGUGCCUUAAACUUAGCAUCCCCUGAAGUUAAAGUCCAUAUGGAUAGUGAAACAUCUGACCCUAAUGAAGUUGAGAUUAAGAAGUUAUUGGAAACAAACUCUUUGGUCGAAGAGUUCAUGUUGUUUGCUAACAUUUCUGUUGCUAGAAAGAUUUACGACGCUUAUCCACAAACAGCUAUGUUGAGAAGACAUGCUGCUCCCCCAUCAACUAACUUUGAGAACCUUAACAAAAUGUUAAGUGCAAGAAAGCCAGGAAUGGCCGUGUCGUUGGAAUCUUCUCGAGCAUUGGCUGACUCCUUAGACAGAUGUGUUGAUGCUAAUGAUCCAUAUUUCAACACCUUGUUGCGUAUCAUGUCUACCAGAUGUAUGAUGGCAGCUGAAUAUUUCCCAUCUGGAUCUUAUGGUUACCCAGAAUUCAGACAUUAUGGUUUAGCUGUUGAUAUCUAUACCCAUUUCACUUCUCCAAUUAGAAGAUAUUGUGAUGUGGUUGCGCAUAGACAAUUAGCAGGCGCUAUUGGAUAUGAAAACUUGGAUUUGAGCCAUAGGGAUAAGAACAAGAUGGAUAUGAUUGUUAGAAAUAUUAACAAACGUCACAGAAAUGCCCAAUUUGCCGGAAGAGCUAGUAUUGAAUACUAUGUGGGACAGGUCAUGAGAAACAAUGAAUCUGAGCAUGAAGGUUAUGUUAUUCAAUGUUUUAAUAAUGGUAUCGUGGUAUUGGUUCCUAAGUUCGGUGUUGAAGGUUUGAUCAAACUCGAAAUGUUGGGAGAUGUGAAUUCUGCAGAAUACAACGAAGACACUUAUGAGUUAACGUUUGUUGAUCUCAACAAGAAGAAAAGAACCGUCGCCGUAUUUGACAAGGUGAAGGUUGACGUGAAGUCUGUCAAGGAUGAAGUCAGUGGAAAGAGAAAGGCACAAUUAAUUUUGAAAUAG